AUGCCGAAACAAAAGUCAUUUCUUAGUCACGCAAAGACGAAGAAGAAAUCUGCUGCGAAACAGGCGCCUGUGACCGCAGAUGAGUUUCUAGCAGCUGGCGUUGAGCUUGAAGAAGCUGGCGAGAAAUGGCGGGCCGGGGAUGCGGCCAAGUCCAUGCGCUUUUUUAUGCGGGCUAUCACCAACUAUGAUGAGGGUUUACAGAAGCAUCCUGGGGCCUUUGAUCUUGCUUAUAACAAAGCACGAGUCCAAUAUGAAAUCACCCAGCACCCAAAACUAGCAGCCCAGUUACCCGCGCCACAGGGUGAUCUCCUGCAAGUAGCGCUGCAAUCGCACCGGGAUGCACUGGCCCUCAGCCAGGACAAUGCUGACGUGUUAUUCAAUUCGGGCCAGGUGCUGACCAGUAUAGCGGAGUUGAUGUCCAACUCCAAGCAAGACGAAGAACAGCUGAUGCAGGCUGGCACUUAUCUGCAAGAGGCGAUCGAGCUGUUCCAGCGCUGUCUGAUGAUACAGGAGAUGAAGUAUACGGAGCAGCAAGAGGAGAUCGAGCAGAUGGAAUCCGGGGAUGUGCCACAGGAACCGGAGGUUGUACCACAGGCUGAGUCCGCGGGUCAGACGCAGGUCGAGUCCGCGGGUGAGGAGCAGGAGCAGUGGGCGAUGAUUGUGGAGCCGGUCACGAAGAAUACGCUUGUUGAUACUGCAGUUGCGCAGCUCGAGACUUUGACCACUCUGUGUAACUUGUUGACCUCGAACCCAACUGCCGGCGGUGUUGGUUGGGUGCAGGAGUACUCGUCGGAACUUGUACAUUCCCGACUGCCUGCUUAUGUCGAGGGAUCGGACAGGCAGUAUGAGGCGGCCUUGGCGCGAGCCAAGUUCAUCUGUGCUUUGAAUGACUUGCUCUAUCGUGGCGGACAUACUGAUGUCCAGACAUACCAGCAGGAGGUUGGACAGGGGUUCAGCCCAGACCUGGAUGUAUCCGCAGAUCUCGAUGGACUGUGUGCCAAAGCAAACGCGCUCACAUCAUUGAACCAGGCGCUGAAUGAUAUCCCUCCUUCGGAGGACGAUGAAGCGUUCGAAAGCGCUGUGGCGUUGCGCUGGAAAUCACUCUCUACCGCCCUGGACGCAUUAACGGCAGCCACCAAGCUCCCCGAUGCCGCAAACCUGCCCAAGAUCCACAACGGCCGCGGCGAUGCCGAAAUGCACAGAUGGCGUCUUGGUCGCGCGCCCUGGAACCACACCAUGGCGAAGCAAAACGGCGCCAUGCUCCUGCGCAACGCUCAAACAUACUACCGCGGAGCCGCAGCUCUAGCCCGCCGUGAAGGCGCCGCGGAGGAAGAACGCGACGGAACGGUCAAGGAAGCCAUUGCCGCAGCGCUUGAAGGCCAGAGCACAAAGCUUGACCAGCUCAAAACAACAGUCCUCCCGCAAGUAGUAGCCGUGGCGCAGGAGAUGGUAGAAGACGGAAUGGUCGAUGGCAGGGAACUGAGCGCUCUGAUCUCAUGA